UCCAGUGUGAGCGCAGAAGAGAUGCAGAAUAAGGGCUGCAAAGCAGAACACACAGUAGUGCUUCACCACAGGUGAGCCGCAGAGCUAUCACAAAGCCAAACAACUACGGUACAGUCCCCAUGCGCUGCAGUUGGGCCAGAUGCGGUGAUUUUUCUUUUCUGUCGCGGCGUAUAUCACACAGCGGAUACACUUUUCCCAUAUAAACCAUGACUGUUGAACGACCUUAUUAGACCAUAAAGUAGGUAAGCAGGCUAACGUUACGUAAGUUAGCUAGGCUAGCUAACUAAUGCUAAUAGCUAGCUAACGUUAUGUCAGUUGUGAACAGUUUGGUCUGCCGUGCUUUUGAGCUAACGUAAACUACGUCUCGAUUUGACUUGUCUUGAGUGAAGCUAAAUCUUGAUUUGACUUGAGGUCUUGCUAGCUAUCUGUUAGUUCUGGUUGUUGUUGGUUCUGAUCAGGCAUAGCUAGCUAGCUUGSUAACGUUUGCCAUUCACAGCUAGCUAGCUAAUUAUAUACUGCAAACUACGUUAGCUAGCUAACGCUUGUCCACACUACCGGUAGUUUUCUAGCUAACUAACGCAGUUGUUACUUGUUUAGRUAACUAGCGAAAAUUGUCUAACGAAAGUUGUCUAGCUAACUAAAGUUUUCAAUAAUAACACCUAGUUACAUAUUUAGGUAGUUCAAGUACGUUAAUCUAGUUAGUUAACUAGCUAAUCUAUCCAGUUGACCACUAGCGACAGAUGAUGAAAUAUUAACGUUAGUUAGCUAUAGUAUGGUCAAAAAGCCUAGUUUUAUUGCUGACGUUAAUUUUGGGCAGGUCGAUGUGCUAUUAUGAGUAAACGGGUUUGUGUUGGCUAACGUUAUUUGGUUGGUUGAUCAUCUUUAGGUAGCUAACUACGUUAUCAGCUAAACCUCAGAUUACUCAAUGAUGGCCCCACUAAAUUGUAGCUAGCAAGCAUUUGUAGUGAUUUAUUAUUAACGUUAGCCUAUUGCUACCAAAGCUAAAUAGUGGUGUUUUGUUUGUCUUUACCUAGCUAAUACUUCUGCCCUCUCUUGACACCACAGACACGUAGCUAGGAUGAACAUUGAUGACAAGCUGGAGGGGAUGCUGCUAAAGUGUAGUGGGGUAGUGGAUGAGAGGGUGGGYAUAGGUGGAGGGGGUCUGGUCGUCAUGACCCUGGGCGAGAGGGGGUUAGCCCACCACCCCCUGUUAGCUGAUGAUGAUGAAGAGGAUGAUGACCUGACAGGGGUUUCAAUAGUGUCUCAUGACCUGAUUGCAACUGAUGAACUGAUGGUACAUGAGGAGACUGUGAAGAAUGACCGGGWAGAGGGAAUGAUGCAGAGACUCUCACACAAGCUGCCAUGCACGCUCCACAUGCCUGUGAGCAUCAAACAAGAGUUGAAGCUGUCUUCGGAUCCACUGAUGCUGGGAAAGAAAGAGAGAAAACAGCCCAMGGACCUCACAACAGAGUGUCACAAGAAGAAGAGAAAACAGCGCUCUCCUGCCAAGAUUCUCACCAUCAAUGAGGAUGGAUCAUUGGGUCUCCAGAGUCCAAAGUGUCAUGUAUGUGGGCACUGCAAUGCAGCCUUUCGAACAAACUACCAUCUACAAAGACACGUCUUCAUCCACACUGGUGAGAAGCCAUUUCAGUGCAGCCAGUGUGAUAUGCGCUUCAUACAGAAAUACCUUCUCCAGAGACAUGAGAAGAUACACACUGGUGAGAAGCCCUUCCGCUGUGAGGAGUGUGGCAUGAGGUUCAUUCAGAAAUACCACAUGGAGAGGCACAGAAGGACCCACAGUGGAGAGAAGCCCUAUCAAUGUGACUACUGCCACCAGUACUUUUCCAGAACAGACCGGGUUCUAAAGCACAGGCGUAUGUGCCGUGAGAGGAAAGCCCAKAAGACAGCAGCAGCGGGGAAAGAUGGAGGACUCCUGAGCGACACAGAAUCUCUGAGCUUCUCCUUCCCUGCCAAGGAGUGCUCACUGCCCAAGAAGAAACGCCUGAAGACCUCAGACAAGUCUCAAUGUGCUCUCUCAGCUGCUGCCACUGAAAACGUUGCCACAGUCGCUUCUCUUAGCGACAUGGAUAGGGAGGUGGAGCAAAGACCGAGCAAAAUUGAAUGUCUACCUCUCUAUGUGGUUACCUCCAAGGUGGUCAAAGACGAGUAUGUGAUGGCAGAUUAUUCUGUGGCACUUCCUGACUCAUCUAGUGGGCGGCAGUUGGGGCUGGGUGGGGAGAAUCUCUCCUCUGAGGAGAUUCAUCCUCCCAAGCUGGUCCUCAAGAAGGUCCCCAAGAGGAGUCUGAAGCAACCAACUGAACCUGAACCACCUGAGAGUUUGUCCCCUUUGUCCUCUUUCGAAGACUGCAAAGUCACCAGYUACACGUUUGAGAUUGUUGACAAACAAGGUCUUCUGGACGUGGAUGUGGCCAACUCUGACCUGGAGCCAGUAGACGCUCUACCAGGAGGGCAGACGAAACCAGCAUCCAGCAGCACACACUACGACGAUGCCGUGCAGUUCCUGAAAAAGAAGAGGUAUCUCCAGCAGGUCGCUAUGGCCAACAACGACAACCGAGAUUACGCUGUUAAUGUAAGCAGCAUCGCGUCCCAGCCUUCCGCUACACAAGUCGCAGUGGCCGGCGUCAUAGACGAAACCGUUCCCGCCACCAUCUUGGAACCCCAGCCGUUGAGCGUCGAGCUCAAGUCCAAUCACGACAAGAACGUGCUCCCGGAUGAGGUUCUCCAGACUCUCCUGGACCACUACUCAAACAAGGCCAACGUGCAGCCAGAUAUCUCCUUCAGUGUGGCCGACACUGAGGUGACAUCCAGCAUCUCCAUCAACUCCUCCGAUGUGUCUGAGGGCAGCCCGGUAGAAAGCUUGGGAGGUAACUCUCAAGCCCCAUCAGCAGAGAAAUCUAGCCUCCUGCACGAGUACUCCAAGUUCCUCCAGCAAGCACUGGAGAGGACCAGCCAGAACGAUAGCUACCUGAGCAGCCAGAGUCUUACCUUUGUCACCGAGAGCCCCAGCCUUUCCAACCAGCCUCUGUUCUCCACAGAGAAGCAGUACCCUUCCCCCAGCAGGUUUACCACUGGUACUGGUAGGUCAGGGAUGAARUCUCCACUAAGGUCUACCUUGGAGAAACCCCAUUUUGGACUCCUUGUAGGGGACUCCCAGCACUCUUUCUCAUUUUCGGGGGAUGAAACCACUACCUCGGCCGUGUCGCCAACCGAAGAUUUUCUGGAGGGAGUUGKGUCCUCGAAAAAGACUGAUGCUCAAGGGUUGCAUCAGACUUAUCAAAUCAGCACCUUCGAUCAGAACUUCCCGUCGCAGUUCCAGACCUCACGUUCUGGAAUCAUCUCCCAAUUUACUAUUGCCAAUGGACAAGUCAGUCUGCGAAGUCACGGAACAGACUUCUCUGAAUUCCCCAUUGAGACAAGGUCUCAAUUGAACUCUUCCCCUGAUGCUACAAGCAGUCAAACGUUUGGUUGAGGAUAAUAUUUACAUUAUUCUACGAUAAUUUUAAAAGGCACUUUAUACCCAUAUCCUCUGUCCUGCCAAAAUAGGUUACACUGCAAAGGUGGGUGUUGCUCAAAGCAUUUAAUGAUUUAAAAAUAUAUAAUUUUCUGUUAUAUUAAAGGGGUCAAUUUUGCGAAUCGUGAAAACAUAAAUAAAAUAAUGUAUAUGAAGCAAAACAUUAAAUUGGGUUGUUGGGGAAGAAACUACAGCCCGACCUAUGUUUUUUGGU